AUGUCCAAGUUUGUUGUGUCCACUGCAUUGAAGGAGUUGAGAUUCCAUUUGUCCCAAACAGGUGAGGCCUCUGUGCCUUUGAGAAACUUUUUGGUGAAGAACUACGCAGGUCUCAAGUCGUCUACAAGCAACAAGUUGCCUAUCUUGAUCAGAGAGUCCUUUGGUGUUCCCCCUAGCAUAACCGCCAGAUUCGAGAAGGGUAAGGAGGUUAAGAGCAGCUUGGAUGGCUUGGACGAGAAGGCUGUUGAAGAUGCUGUCAAGUCCUUGUUGAAGUAG